UACUCGCAAACAUCACUCGCCUUUCCUUUGCCUUUCAUCUCUCUCUCUCUCACGAUCCCUCAUUAUAUUUACGUGUAAUCUUCUCUUAUUGCUUCAGAUUCCCUCUAAUACAAGGCAAAAAGUGUGUGAACAUGGGGUUACAGGGUCAGCUCAACGACGUCUCCUCCGAUUCGAUCCCUCUCCUACUCGUCGCACUCAUCGCCAACUGCUUUAACUCUCUCCGCUCUUUCCUCUUCGGCCUCCUCCAAUCCACCGGUAUCUACCGAUUCGGUCCGGCUCACGUCGAGGACGGCCUCUUAGGCUCAGGCCUGGCCGGUCUGAUCGUGCUCGCGGAGCAGCUCAACUUGAACCGGCUCUUUUCAUACAGGUAUUGCUGUAAUCGUGAUUGUGGUAAUAAGUGCGUGGUGUGCUUAUCGAUGCUUAGAGAUGGAGACCAGGUGCGUGAGCUCUCUUGCCGACAUGUCUUCCACAAGGACUGCUUCGAUGGAUGGCUUGAUCAUCUCAAUUUCAAUUGCCCUCUUUGUCGGUCUCCGCUUGUUUCAGACGAGCGCGUGACGGUCACGCGGAGACGCGUCGGUGAAGACCUUGUAGCGUGGUUUCCUAUAAGGUGACGUGCCAUGUUUUGAUGAGGAUGAAUCGUAGCCAUUCAAUGAAACUACGACGCCGGAUAGAUUAUAACGGGACGGUGACUUAACAGACGGUGGGGGCAAUUAUGAAAUUGAAUUUACCUGCUGCUUUUUUACUUUUUAAAUUUAGGAGGGUGGCAGUGUUGACCGCGGCUUUGUUUUUCAUGUUUUAAUUUUUCCGGGGUCUUAUUGUUUUUUUACCAGAUGUAAAGUUUCUUUGCCAUCUGUUUGUUUUAGAAAUAAGGAUGAGAUGGGUUCUCUAGUAUUGUAUAAUAACCUUAUGAUUAGGAAUUUAGGAACUCUAUUAUAAAACAAAAAAAAGUUGAAAUAAAAGAAAAGUAAAGUAAUGUCCUUUCCUUUA